AUGGCGUUCAUGGUGAAGAGCAUGGUGGGGGGGCAGCUGAAGAACCUCACGGGUGGCCUGGGUGGCGGGGUGGUGGAGGAGAAGAUGGAGAGAGAUGCCCAGUUCGCCCAGCGCAAGGCGGAGAGAGCCACGGUCAGGUCCCACUUCCGAGACAAGUACAGGCUCCCCAAGCUGGUGGGAGGUGACGUGGAGCUGCCCAAGGAGCUGGCCAAGAUGAUCGAGCAGGACAACGAGGAAGAGGAAGAGAAGAACUCGGUUAUCGGCCAGCUCAGCAACAUCCAGAACCUGGACCUUGACUCCUUGAAGGACAAAGCUUCGGCCACGCUCGAGGACCUGAAGCAGUCGGCUGAGAAGUGCUCCAUGAUGUGA